CUGUUGGAGAGAAAGAACGAAUAAACUCAAAUUCAAAAAUUUGUUACUCCCCCGCCUUAUGGCCACUUCAGUCCCCACCAAUGGAUCUAUAAAUAAACGGCAUCUUCACCUCAUUGCCCCAUCGCUAACCCAAACAGUUCUCCGAAGCAAAAGAAGAAGAUAAACCUCCAACCCAUCCAAUCCCUCCUCAAUCACUUCUCUCCCUCAAUCAUGGCCAAGAACAAGAACAAGACCAAGAGGAGCGUCGCUGCAGAAACCUCUGAAAGUGCCAAAAAACCAACUUUGGAGAUAUUAAAAGCCCUCAACGCCAAACUUUUGAAGGAAGUCAAAGAGCACCGGCAAGAAACCCAGCAGCUCCGCCACCAGCUUGCCGCAGCCACAGAAAAGGCUGAUCAAGCAGAAAUGCGGCUGCUUGCCGCUGUUAAAGAGAAGGAUGAAAAGACUGCAAAGCUGGAUGAGCUAAAAGAAAAGGCUGAGUUUUUACUGCAUGCUAAAAAGAUCCCCGAUUCCGAGCAAGGAAGAAGAUGGAGAAAAUGGCUUUACCCGGCAGCUGCUUUCUUAGCAGGAACAACCGUAGUGAUUCUAGGUUGCAGAGCACUAGCAUCAAGAAUUAGUUUUAUUUGUUCAUAAUUGUAAUUGUAAUGAAUGAGAACCCGAGCGCAGUUCUAAAACUGAUACUGAAAGGUCUAAGAAGUGCAUUAAAGUGUAUUUUUUCUUCUGUAAUGGAAACUGAUUUUUUAGGAG